AUGGCAGCCGUACAACAGAAAUCCAGCCUCGAGGCCAACGAGAAGGGCCAGGCCAUCUAUGCCAACGAUGUCAGCAGCUCCCAGAUCAGUUCUCCGAGUGAUCUCGAUGAGUAUCCCGACCCAGAUACCGGCAAAAGCGAUGAGGAGCGCGCCAGACUCGACAAAGCACUCGUCUGGAAGAUGGACAAGUGGCUGAUCCCGUGGCUCUCGCUCUUGUAUCUUCUUUCCUUCCUGGACCGUACCAACAUUGGAAACGCACGUGUUGCAAACAUGGAACCUGCUCUUAACAUGGGAGGCCGUGACUACAACGUCGCCCUCACCAUCUUCUUCAUCUCCUACGCCGGAUUUGAGCCACUUACCAACAUCGCCAUCAAGAAAUGGUCGCCCCGCGUCUUCUUCACCGCCAUCAUUCUCGCCUGGGGUGUCAUCAUGACGCUCAUGGGUGUUGUCCAGAACAGGGCCGGUCUAUUGGCAUGUCGGUUCUUCCUCGGAAUCGCCGAGGCGGGUCUGUUUCCUGGUGUCAACUACUACCUUUCCUGCUGGUACAAGCGCCAGGAACUUGGUUUCCGUGCCGCCCUGUUCUUCUCCGCCGCAGCACUCGCUGGUUCUUUCGGUGGUUUGCUGGCGGCCGCUAUCACUGAGAUGGACGGAGUAGGCGGUUACGAAGGUUGGCGAUGGAUCUUCAUCAUUGAGGGUCUGAUGACAGUCUUUGUCGGUAUCUUCUGUUGGUGGAUGGUUUUCGACUUCCCGGACACGGCCCGAUUCCUUAACCCCGACGAGAAGCUACGAGCUGUACGCCGACUCAAGCUGGAUGGACAAGCCCGCGCCAAGGUUGGAAGCAUCGACCGUCGACAUGUAUUUGCCGCCCUUCGCGACUGGAAGACCUGGGGAUAUGCCGUCAUCUACAUGGGUUGCCUUUGCCCAUUGUAUGUUUUCUCGCUCUUCCUCCCGACUAUCCUUCUCGCCAUGGGUCACAAAGGCACAAAGGCUCAGCUUUUGUCCGUCCCACCUUACGCCUGUGCUGCCGCUUUGACAGUUGCUGUCGGUUGGAUCGCCGAUAGGACAAAGUUGCGCGGUAUCUGCAACAUGGCCGUGUCUUUCAUUGGAUGCGUCGGUUUCGCAAUGUUGCUCGCCACCACGAACCCGCAAGUCCAGUACGCUGCCACUUUCCUAGGUGCCAUGGGUAUCUACCCCACAGUCUCCAACACGCUGACAUGGGCUUCCAACAACGUCGAGGGUUCGCUCAAGCGUGGUGUCAUGGUUGGUGUCGUUGUCGGCUGGGGUAACAUGAACGGUGUCGUGUCCUCCAACAUUUACAACAAGUGGGAAGCCCCACACUACCGCACUGGUCAUGGUAUCGUCCUUGCCUACAUGGCCUUGUUCUUGUUCGGUGGAACUCUCUUCAUGCACGUCAUGCUGAAGCGUGAGAACAAGCUCAGGAAGGAGGGUAAGCGCGACCACUGGGUCCAGGGCAAGACCGAGGAAGAGAUCGAUGACAUGGGUGACGUACGACCGGACUUCUACUACACUACCUGA